GCGAGGCACAAAGAUAAAGGCGGGGGCUUAUGUAACUCUCUUUUAAAGGAACGCGGUCCUGGCGCUCUCCCCCUCCGUUUGGGGAGUCAGCGCUUCGUUUGGGAUCCAGCUCAGCCGCGCUGAGCUCCUGCAUCCUGCUCCCAGAGUCUCGCACACCCGCACGGCUACAGUAUCACACAUGGCCAACGAAUCGAGGCCCUGCCCAUGUGAUAUUGGAGACAGGUUUGACUAUGGAGGCCGUGGGCAGGAGGUACAAGUUGGGCACAUCAAGGCGUACGUCUGCAAACCUUCUGCCAGCACCGACAAAGCUGUCAUUGUGAUCCAUGACAUAUUUGGGUGGCAACUCCCAAACACCAGAUACAUAGCUGAUAUGCUAGCAACUAAUGGAUACAUAGCCAUCUGCCCAGAUUUUUUUGUGGGACAAGAAGCUUGGAAACCUUCUAAUGACUGGGCAUCUUUCAAUGACUGGGUGAAAACACGAGAUGCUGGCAAAACAGACAAAGAAGUUGAUGUCGUCCUCAAGUAUCUAAAGGAGCAAUGUGGUGCGAAGAAGAUUGGUGUCAUUGGGUUUUGCUGGGGUGGAGCAGCAGUGCAACAUCUGAUGCUGAAAAAUCCCCAUUUAAAGACUGGAGUGUCCCUCUAUGGAGUGAUCAGCCGCUUUGAGGACAAACACAGUUUGCUGCAUCCUACCUUCUUCAUUUUUGGUGAGAAGGAUGACAUCAUUCCAUUGGAGCAGGUCACCUUGCUGGAGCAGAAGCUUAAACAAAACUGUAAAGUUGAUUAUGAAGUUAAAAUUUACCCUGGACAGACACAUGGGUUUGUGCAUCGCAAAAGAGAAGAUAUCAAUCCUCAAGAUAAACCUUAUAUUGAGGAAGGACGAAAGGAUAUGAUCAACUGGCUGAAUAAAUAUAUUUAGGUUAAAAUAAUGCCAAUAAACAAAAUCAAUUGUUGUAGGAAAUCAGAAAAUAAUACAGACUGUAUUGCUUAAAAUGUUCUUACAACCAUAAAAAUAUUUUGUAAAACUCUUCUAACACUACUUAUUUGUACUUAUCUUCUAAGUAGGGGCUUAAAAUGGCUUUUGGAAUGCUGAAAGCUAAAAAUGUAAAGAAAGUUUAUAACACUGGUCUUGUAUAUCUUAUAAUUAUUAGAAUUUCAUAUGGCAUAUUUUCUGGCACCUGAAAAUUUAAUUUUUUUACAUCAAUGUCAAUAUGAUUAAAAACCAUUGAAACUCUG